UCAGAGGCGGAGGAGGUAAAGAGAGGCGCGUGCUCGUGGCGGCCGGGCGGACAGGAGAAAAAUCACACAAACACGGUGAGGAGCGACCUGCGGAGAAACGGGACAAAAUGUCUGAGGAUAAGCCCAAGGAGGGAGUGAAGACGGAGAACGACCACAUCAACCUGAAGGUGGCUGGACAGGAUGGCUCAGUGGUCCAGUUCAAAAUCAAAAGGCACACACCUCUCAGCAAAUUAAUGAAAGCGUACUGCGAAAGACAGGGAUUGUCAAUAAGACAGAUUAGGUUUAGGUUCGAUGGACAGCCAAUUAAUGAGACAGACACACCGGCACAGUUGGAGAUGGAGGACGAGGACACUAUCGAUGUAUUUCAACAACAGACAGGCGGCUCUCGCUAAACCUCUCCAUGCAGCGAGCUCCCACUCAGCUGUUUUAUUUGACUCGUUUUCCUCUAAAUGCUCUCUUUAACUGUACUGUUCAUUUUCCCCUUUUGCCAGUUUUCUUUGAAUGUCCUCCCCUAGUUUUCAUAGGGUGGGACCAGGUUUUUUUUUCCCCCUCCCCUCCAAUAUAUAACUAUCUGUGAGAUGGCAAAUGUGGUCCACAGGCAAGACUAAGAUGGCUGCCCUGAGGUGUAUAGUUCAAAAUGGCCAUCUGAACUGUGUUGCGUGUCUUGGUGUAAUAAUGGCCUGAAAGUCGGGUCACAGUUGCCAGUCCAGCCAUGCUUCCCAGAUCGAAACAGAAAUGGUCCAUUCCCAUAUUGUCGAUAUAUUCUGCAGAGUGAGGAGACCUGUUCUUUUUUUGAUUUUGUUUUUCCCCUGUAUGCCUGUCUCAUGCAGCUUUAAGUAUCUUUUAAGCCGGAAUCUGUUUUAUGUCUGUUAGCUGAAGAGAUGCCCACCCUGCGUUCUAUUCUUUUGCCACCCCCCCACCUCCAGUUUUUAAUUUGAGCUGCCUCACUCAUGAAGUAUCAAAGGGGGAUGGGAUUGUGGGGAACUUUCAGCCUUUUCUGACUGACCACCGAAGGGGAAACCUGGUCAGAUCGUUCUGUUAAUGGUGAGGAUCAGGUACUGGACCAAACCCUGAAGAAAACUUAAUCCAGGUUUUUAUUAUAAAUGUCUGUAGUUUCCCAUAUAAUCAAUUUUCAGAAGAAGGCAGAAAUUGUUUUUUAAAUCCCAAAGUUUACUGCCUUUUCCAAGCAAAAGGGAAUUGUUACUGUCCCUCCAUGGAAGUGUCGGUCUAACCAGAGAGGAAAGGUCUAAUUUACCCUCCCCUCCCCCUAAACUAGGUUCUCGCCUUCUGCUGUAUGGUCCAGCAGACUGGUAUCCGUAAGGGUCGGGCUGAAUCAGCAUCCAUGUGGUCUCAUCUUUCUGUACUGAUUUGUACAUUAUUUGUUGUCCUUUACUACUGUAUACAAUAAAUAUAGUUUGGUACUCA